CAUAACAACCCAGCCGACCAAAAGCUCAUGUCAGAGCAGAGCUUCCUGGAAAGCUGAGCGAAAAACCAUUUAGCGCCAGUCUUUCCUAGUUAGUGGUGUUAAAAGUUUAGUUAGUGUUAGACCGGAUACUAUCAUAAACCUAACACAAGCACUAUGGAUGAACUCCCACCGGAACAGAUUGCUGUCUUACGUAAAGCGUUUGAAAGUUUCGACAGUCAGAAAUCUGGAAGUAUAUCCUGUGAAAUGGUGGGCGACAUUUUAAGGCUCAUGGGUCAACCCUUUGAUAAAAAGAUUUUAGAAGAACUUAUUGAUGAGGUUGAUGCUGACAAGUCAGGCAGACUAGAAUUUGAAGAAUUCGUAACACUAGCAGCUAAGUUUAUCGUUGAAGAAGACGACGAAGCCAUGCAAAAAGAACUUAAAGAAGCCUUCCGGUUAUACGACAAAGAAGGUAAUGGUUAUAUCAAAACGUCUGCGCUACGUGAAAUCCUGCGGGAAUUAGACGAUCAGCUAACUGACAAGGAGCUCGAUUUAAUGAUCGAAGAAAUCGACACAGAUGGUUCAGGAACCGUGGACUUUGAUGAGUUUAUGGAGAUGAUGACCGGAGAGUAAAUUAAUUAAGUUUUACGAUUAAGUGUAUUUAAAAGACGGUCGCAGUGUGUAUAUAUUUUGUUUCUUCAGGUUUUUAAUUUUAUUUAUUAUAACAACAUGAACAACAUCGUAUUAAGAUAAAAUAACUGUUUACAUGGUAUGUUUGUCCACACAUUUUUUGUUGUCAAGCAUCAAUUAUAUAUUUGUACACUGAUAUUUUUGCGCUGUAUUACUCACAAUCGAUAUAUUUAAGAAAAUAAAAACUAUUUUAUCUCUA